ACCAGAGGAGAAGCUCACUGAACGUUUGCCUCUUAUCUGUGCAGCCGGGAAGUAGUGAAAAACGACCAGACAGAGCGUAUUUUAAUCUUUAGGGGACCAAAAUGUCAGAUUCAAACAAAGCUGCCAUUGCAGCAGAAAAGGAGGCUCUGAAGUUGAAGUUACCUCCCAUUGUCCAUCCCCCUGAAGACAUAGGUGUUGACACACCAACACAAAGAAAACUGCUGAAUUACAGAAGAUCCAAGGAGCAGCAGAAGACAAUUAAUGAGUUAGUAGUUGAUGGAGCCAAAAGAAAUAUAGACAGAAGACUGGGUAAAAGAACACCUUCAUCACCAGAGCCAGAUUAUCCUCCAGCUAUGACCAGUGAAAUUAAAAAGAAAGGACUCAACUAUAUUUAUUUGAAGAAAUGUGUAGAAAGUAGUCCUAUAGUACCUAUUCAGCAGGAAUGGCUGGAUCAUAUGUUAAUGCUGAUACCUGAGUCCCUAAAGAAAGGCAAAAAAAGAGAAGAACUCCUUGAAAGUCUCAUAGAUGAGGUGUCAAGUGACUUUGAAAAAAGCAUGAAGAGACAUUUGGUGCAGAGUGUUCUUGUGAAACCUCCAGUUAAAUGGCUUGAAGAUGAAGGUGGCCCUUUACCCGAAUCCCCUGUAGGCCUGGAUUAUUCUAAUCCUUGGCAUUCUAGCUAUCUGCAGACAAGAAAUCAAAUAUUAGCUAAUUUGCACAUUGUUCAUCCAACUAUGAGAAUGUUACUGGACCUUGGUUAUAAGACAUUUGCCAAUACAGUUUUGCUGGACUUAACAGGAAUUAGAGCUAAAGGCCCAAUUGAUUGUGAAUCACUGAAAGAUGACCUAUCAAUACAAGCUAGAAAGGCAGAAGAGAAGAUAAUGAACACAUGGUAUCCAAAGGUUAUAAGUCUCUUUACCAAGAAGGAGGCACUAGAAGGCAUUAAAUCUGAAAAAUUGGAUGCAUUUUAUAACUGUGUCUCUACGCUUAUGUCAAAUCAGCUAAAGGAUCUCUUAAAGAGAACUGUAGAAGGAUUUGUAAAACUCUUUGACCAAGAAGAUCAACAAGGGCUGCCAAUAUUUAAGAUGGAAUUGACGUUUGAUGAUGAUAAAAUGGAAUUUUAUCCUACCUUUCAAGAUUUGGAAGAUGUUGUUUUGGGUUUGGUAGAGCGAAUAGCUGAAGCUCUGCAGAAUGUCCAAACAAUACCCUCUUGGCUAUCAGGAACUUCAACAACUGUAAAUCUUGACACAGAACUUCCUGAACACGUGUUACAGUGGGCUCUUAAUACGCUGAAGGUGGCAGUACAUCAAAACUUAGAAGGUGCAAGAAAACAUCAUGAGACAUACGUUGCAAAAUAUAGUUGGCUCCUUGAUGGGACUGCAGAUGAGCUGAUAGAAACUUUUCAGGCAGAAGAUCAUACUUUUGAUGAAUACACAGAGUUUAUAGGAAAAUUUUUCAGUCUUACCUCAGAAAUAAUGCUUUUGCCUCAGUGGGUUCAUUACCCUAUGGUGCAUUUGGAUUGUGAAGAUUUGAAGACAGGCCUAACAAACAAAGCAAAAGCCUUUGCAAACAUAUUAUUAAAUGACAUAGCUUCAAAACAUAGAAAAGAAAAUGAAUGUAUUUGCAGUGAAUUUGAAGCAAUUAAAGAGCACGCAUUAAAAGCCCCUGAGACAACAGAAGAGAUGAUGGAGCUGAUAUCUUAUGUAGAAAAAGCUCGGACUACGGGAAUUCAAGAGUUGAUUUUGCGCAUCAAGGAAUCCAAACGCCGAAUGAGUUACUUUUUAGAUGUUUUUCUAUUUCCUCAAGAAGACUUAGCUUUAAAUUCAGCUGUCCUUAUGUGGCCUUGGAAAAUAAAUCCCAUCUUUGAUGAAAAUGAUGAGCUCAUUGAGAAUGCUAAACAUAAAAAAGAAACUGAGCUAAUAGCCAAAAGAGAGAAACUGAUUUUGGAAAUAGAAAAGGAAUCACGCCGCAUGGAAGAGUUUGCAGAAUUUGCAGAACUGGACCGCAUGCAACAGUAUGUGACAGAUGUAAGACAACUACAAAAACGUAUUCAGGAAUCUGAAGAAGCAGUUCAGUUUAUUAAUAAAGAAGAAGAACUUUUCAAAUGGGAAUUGACAAAAUAUCCUGAACUGGAUAAAUUAAAAGUUAACAUUGAGCCCUAUCAGAAGUUUUUUAAUUUAGUUUUGAAGUGGCAACGAACAGAAAAACGGUGGAUGGAUGGAGGGUUUUUGGACCUUAAUGGGGAAAGCAUGGAAGCUGAUGUAGAUGAGUUUUCCCGGGAAAUUUUUAAGGCACUGAAAUUUUUCCAAAUGAAGCAAAAGAAGGAAUUACAAGAAAAAAGAAAGGCAGCAAAAAAACGACAUCUGGAAGAAGAGAAAAUUGAAGAAGAACCAAAAGAGAAUCCUACUAUUACUAUGUGCUCUACAGUAAUGGAGCAGAUAAAAACUUUUAAGGAAUAUAUCCCUACUGUCUCAAUCCUGUGCAAUCCAGGAAUGAGAGCACGUCACUGGAAGCAGAUAUCAGAAAUCGUAGGCUAUGACUUGACUCCAGACUCUGGAACUACAAUGAGAAAAGUUUUGAAAUUAAACCUUACACCAUACUUGGAACAAUUUGAAGUGAUAAGUGCAGGUGCAAGCAAGGAAUUUUCAUUAGAGAAAGCCAUGCAUACAAUGAUAGGAACUUGGGAUGAUAUUGCUUUUCAUAUAAAUCUAUAUCGUGAUACUGGAGUCUGUAUUCUUUCUUCAGUAGAUGAGAUUCAGGCUCUCCUUGAUGAUCAAAUUAUAAAAACUCAAACAAUGAGAGGCUCACCUUUCAUCAAACCAUUUGAAAAAGAGAUUAAGGCCUGGGAGGACCGUUUGAUUCGAAUACAAGAAACAAUUGAUGAAUGGCUAAAAGUACAGGCUCAGUGGCUGUAUUUGGAGCCCAUUUUUUGUUCUGAGGAUAUCAUGCAUCAGAUGCCAGAAGAAGGCCAUCAGUUUCAGACAGUAGACAGGCAUUGGAGGGAUAUUAUGAAGUUUUGUGCAAAAGAUCCAAAGGUUCUUGCUGCUACUUCUUUAACAGGUUUAUUGGAAAAACUGCAGAACUGCAAUGAACUUUUGGAGAAAAUUAUGAAAGGGCUUAAUGCAUAUCUUGAAAAAAAACGUCUUUUCUUCCCUCGUUUUUUCUUCUUAUCAAAUGAUGAAAUGUUAGAGAUUUUGUCAGAGACCAAAGAUCCACUUAGAGUUCAGCCUCAUUUAAAAAAAUGCUUUGAGGGCAUUGCUAAAUUGGAGUUCCUUCCCAAUUUGGACAUUAAGGCCAUGUAUAGCUCUGAAGGUGAGCGAGUGGAGCUGAUUGCACUUAUUUCCACAUCUGCAGCACGAGGUGCUGUGGAAAAGUGGCUCAUUCAAGUGGAAGAUUUAAUGCUCCGGAGUAUUCAUGAUGUGAUUGCUGCAGCCAGACUGGCUUAUCCAGAAUCUGCAAGAAGAGACUGGGUUCGAGAGUGGCCUGGCCAAGUUGUACUUUGUGUUUCUCAAAUGUUCUGGACUUCUGAAACACAGGAAGUUAUAAGUGGUGGGACGGAGGGAUUAAAGAAGUACUACAAGGAACUUCAGAGUCAGCUAAAUGAUAUUGUAGAGCUAGUAAGAGGAAAACUGUCGAAGCAGACCAGGAUCACUCUGGGGGCUUUGGUUACUAUUGAUGUCCAUGCUAGAGAUGUGGUCAUGGACAUGAUUGAUAUGGGUGUCUCACAUGAUACAGAUUUCCAGUGGCUUGCUCAGCUUCGAUAUUAUUGGGAAUAUGAGAAUGCUCGAGUUCGUAUCAUUAAUUGCAAUGUAAAAUAUGCUUAUGAAUAUCUUGGUAACUCACCUAGACUCGUCAUUACUCCUCUAACCGACAGGUGUUACAGAACAUUGAUAGGUGCCUUCUAUUUAAACCUUGGAGGUGCUCCAGAAGGGCCAGCAGGCACAGGAAAAACUGAAACCACCAAGGAUUUGGCUAAAGCUCUUGCUGUUCAGUGUGUGGUGUUCAACUGUUCAGAUGGUCUAGAUUAUAUAGCAAUGGGAAAGUUUUUUAAAGGAUUGGCUUCUUCUGGUGCUUGGGCUUGCUUUGAUGAAUUUAAUCGAAUUGAGUUGGAAGUGUUGUCAGUGGUAGCUCAACAGAUCCUUUGCAUUCAGAGAGCCAUUCAGCAGAAGCUGGAGGAGUUUAUUUUUGAAGGGACAGAGCUAAAGCUCAAUCCAAACUGUUUUGUAGCUAUUACCAUGAAUCCUGGCUAUGCAGGACGUUCUGAAUUGCCAGACAAUCUUAAGGUUCUUUUUAGAACAGUGGCUAUGAUGGUUCCAAACUAUGCCCUCAUAGCAGAAAUCUCCCUCUACUCUUAUGGAUUUUUGAAUGCAAAACCUCUGUCUGUGAAGAUAGUAAUGACCUACAGGCUUUGCUCAGAGCAGCUCUCAUCACAAUUUCAUUAUGACUAUGGAAUGCGAGCAGUAAAAGCAGUUUUAGUGGCUGCUGGAAACCUAAAACUAAAAUUUCCAGAUGAAAAUGAAGAUAUACUUCUUCUUCGAUCAAUUAAAGAUGUAAAUGAACCAAAGUUUCUAUCACAUGAUAUACCCUUAUUUAAUGGAAUAACUAGUGACUUAUUUCCUGGUAUUAAACUUCCUGAAGCUGACUAUCAUGAAUUUUUGGAAUGUGCUCAUGAAGCCUGCAAAGUACAUAAUCUUCAGCCUGUUAAAUUUUUUAUUGAAAAAAUGAUUCAGACAUAUGAAAUGAUGAUUGUUAGACAUGGUUUUAUGUUAGUUGGAGAGCCUUUUGCUGCUAAGACAAAAGUUCUGCAUAUGCUGGCUGAUACUCUAACUCUUAUGAAUGAACGUGGCUAUGGAGAGGAAGAAAAGGUCGUUUAUAGGACCGUAAACCCCAAAUCCAUUACUAUGGGCCAACUUUUUGGACAGUUUGACCCAGUGUCUCAUGAGUGGACUGAUGGUAUUGUGGCUAAUACUUUUAGAGAAUUUGCCUUAUCAGAAACACCUGACCGGAAAUGGGUUGUAUUUGAUGGUCCCAUUGACACUUUGUGGAUAGAGAGCAUGAACACAGUAUUGGAUGAUAAUAAAAAGCUUUGCCUUAUGAGUGGAGAAAUCAUUCAGAUGUCUCCUCAAAUGAGCCUCAUCUUUGAAGCAAUGGACCUUUCCCAGGCUUCACCUGCCACUGUAAGCCGCUGUGGCAUGAUUUAUUUGGAACCCUCACAGUUAGGAUGGGAACCACUUGUGUCUUCAUGGUUGAAUUCACUGAAAGGACCUCUACAAGAACCAAAUCAUCAAGCUCUUCUGAAAGGACUUUUUGACUGGUUAAUACCACCCACUUUAAGGCUUCGUAAGCAAAAAUGCAAGGAACUGGUUCCUACAAGUGAUAGCAAUGUGGUUGUAUCUCUCACACGCCUCUUUGAAGUGUUACUCUGUGAUGUGAUAGAAAAUGAUCCUACAAGCAAGCACCUUCGUGUUUGGAUUAUGGCUUGCUUCAUAUUUUCUUUGAUUUGGUCCAUUGGAGGAAGUUGUGAUACAGAUGGUCGCAUUGUUUUUGAUACUUUCAUACGAUUAAUCAUACUGGGAAAAGAUGAAAGCAACCCAGUGCCUGACUCUGUGGGUAAAUGGGAAUGCCACUUUGAUGAAAAAGGCCUAGUCUAUGACUACAUGUAUGAGUUGAAAAACCGAGGUCGCUGGCUCCAUUGGAAUGAAUUAAUUAAAAGUACUAAUUUAGGAGAUAAACCUAUCAGGAUUCAAGAUAUCAUAGUCCCUACAAUGGACACCAUUAGAUAUACAUUUCUAAUGGAUUUGAGUAUUACGUAUGCAAAGCCACUGCUUUUUGUGGGUCCAACGGGUACAGGAAAAUCAGUGUAUGUGAAGGAUAAGCUAAUGAAUCACUUGGAAAAGGACCAGUACUUUCCUUUUUAUGUUAAUUUCUCUGCACGGACCAGUGCCAACCAGGUUCAGAACAUUAUUAUGGCUAGAUUGGAUAAAAGACGCAAAGGAGUUUUUGGACCACCUAUGGGAAAGAAGUGUAUAAUUUUUAUAGAUGACAUGAAUAUGCCUGCAUUGGAGAAAUAUGGAGCUCAACCUCCUAUUGAAUUAUUACGACAAUUUUUCGACUGUGGAAAUUGGUAUGACCUUAAGGACACAAGUAAAAUCACAUUGGUUGACAUAGAGCUGAUUGCUGCCAUGGGCCCUCCAGGUGGUGGAAGAAAUCCAGUCACUCCCCGUUUUAUUCGACAUUUCAACAUCUGCACUAUUAAUACUUUUAGUGAUGAAACUAUGGUUCGAAUCUUCUCAUCAAUUGUAGCAUUCUACUUUAGGACUCGUGAAUUUCCUCCAGAAUAUUUUUUGAUUGGGAACCAAAUUGUCAGUGGGACUAUGGAGAUAUAUAAACGAUCCAUGGAAAGUCUUUUGCCCACUCCCACAAAGUCUCACUACACUUUCAACUUGCGGGAUUUUUCACGUGUCAUCCAGGGCUGCUUACUCAUUGAAAGAGAUGCUGUGGAGAGCAAGCACACUAUGACUCGUCUGUUUGUGCAUGAGGUUCUCCGAGUGUUUUAUGAUCGCCUCAUUAAUGAUGAUGAUCGAUGCUGGCUGUUCAAUUUAACCAAAGCUGUUAUAAAAGACCAUUUUAAAGAAUCAUUUGAUAGUAUUUUUUCACAUUUGAGGAAAGAGAAUGCACCAGUAACUGAAGAGGACUUAAGAAAUCUCAUGUUUGGCGACUACAUGAAUCCUGACCUUGAAGGAGACGAUCGAGUCUAUAUUGAAAUUCCAAAUAUUCAUCAUUUUAGUGACAUUGUGGACCAAUGCUUAGAUGAGUAUAAUCAAACUCACAAAACAAGAAUGAAUCUUGUAAUUUUUAGGUAUGUACUGGAACAUUUAUCGCGAAUAUGUCGAAUUCUAAAGCAGUCUGGUGGAAAUGCUUUGCUUGUUGGACUUGGAGGAAGUGGUCGUCAAUCUUUAACUCGUCUGGCUACAUCCAUGGCAAAAAUGCAGAUUUUCCAACCAGAAAUUUCUAAGAGCUAUGGUAUGAAUGAGUGGAGAGAGGAUCUGAAGGUUCUAUUAAGGAAUGUGGGAAUGAGGGGCCAGAAGACAGUCUUUCUAAUUACGGACACUCAGAUUAAAGAGGAAGCUUUUCUAGAGGAUAUUGACAGUGUACUCAAUACCGGAGAAGUACCUAACAUUUUUGCAGCUGAUGAAAAACAAGAAGUGAUGGAGGGUGUUCGUCCUGUAGCUCAGGCUGGCAAUAAACACAAUGAACUUAGUCCCUUAGCCCUGUUUGCUUUCUUUGUGAAUCGUUGCAAAGAUAAUCUUCAUGUUGUAGUGGCCUUUAGCCCCAUUGGAGAUGCCUUUCGAAAUCGCUUGAGACAAUUCCCAUCCCUCAUCAAUUGCUGUACCAUUGACUGGUUUCAGCCAUGGCCCGAAGAUGCCCUUGAACUUGUAGCUGUGAAAUUCUUAGAAACACUGGAGCUUACUAAGGUUGAAAGACGAGAGAUAGUUCUAAUCUGCAAACACUUUCACGCUUCCGUUAUGGAUCUUUCAGAAAGGUUCUUGCAUGAGUUAGGACGACAUAACUAUGUUACUGCUACUUCUUAUCUUGAACUUAUUGCCUCAUUUCGACAGCUUUUGACUAAGAGGCGACAAGCUGUCAUGGAAGCAAAACAGCGAUAUGUGAAUGGGCUUGACAAGUUAGCUUUUGCUGAGUCUCAGGUUGGUGAAAUGAAAAUGGAGCUUGUUCAAUUACAGCCCAAAUUGGAGGAAGCUAAAAUUGAAAAUGCACAUAUGAUGCAGAUUAUUGAGAUAGAGUCUACAGAAGUGGAAGCAAAAAGAAAGUUUGUGAAAUUAGAUGAGGAGAUAGCCAGUGGAAAGGCUGAAGAAGCCCAAGCUCUGAAAAAUGAAUGUGAAAGUGACCUAGCUGAGGCGAUUCCAGCCUUAGAAGCAGCUCUGUCUGCACUGGAUACACUAAAGCCAGCUGAUGUUACAAUUGUGAAAUCAAUGAAGAAUCCUCCAUCUGGUGUUAAACUAGUUAUGGCUGCUGUUUGUGUCAUGAAAGAUAUAAAACCAGAAAAAAUUUCAGAUCCUUCAGGAACUGGAGACAAGGUAUUAGAUUACUGGAGACCUAGCAAAAAACUUCUGGGAGAUAUGAAUUUCUUAAGAGAUUUGAGAGAAUAUGACAAGGACAACAUUCCAGUGACUGUUAUGCAGAAGAUUCGAGGUGAAUACUUAACAAACCCUGAAUUUGACCCCCAUAAGAUUGCUAAAGCUUCUUCUGCAGCUGAGGGUCUGUGUAAGUGGAUCAUGGCUAUGGAAGUGUAUGACAGAGUCGCAAAGGUAGUGGCUCCUAAGAAAGCCCGCUUAACAGAAGCUCAGAAGUCCUUAGCUGAGAUAAUGGAGCUUUUGAAUCAGAAGAGAGCAGAACUGGCAGAAGUACAACAUCAUUUGGAAAAUUUACAAAGUACAUUUAUGGAGAAAACUGAGGAAAAGGCUCAUUUAGAAGACCAGGUGGAACUCUGUGCUAAGAAACUUGAAAGAGCCUCAAAACUAAUUGGAGGACUAGGUGGAGAAAAAUCGAGAUGGUCUCAAGCUGCUGCUGAUCUUCAGAUAGUAUAUGAAAAUUUGACUGGUGAUGUCUUAGUAUCAGCAGGAGUAAUAGCCUACCUUGGUGCUUUUACUUCUGCCUUUCGACAAACAAGUACAGAAAAUUGGAGCAUGUUGUGCAAGGAGAAAAAAAUCCCAUGUUCAGAGGAGUUCUCAUUGAGUAAGACUCUGGGUGAUCCAGUAAAAAUUAGAGCUUGGAAUAUUGCUGGAUUACCAACAGAUACCUUCUCCAUAGAUAAUGGAGUGAUUGUUAGUAACUCCAGGCGUUGGCCUUUAAUGAUUGACCCCCAGGGUCAAGCCAAUAAGUGGAUCAAAAACUCUGAGAAAGAAAAUCAGCUCAGUGUUAUUAAGCUAUCUGAUUCAGACUAUAUGAGAACACUGGAAAACUGUAUUCAGUUUGGAACUCCACUUCUGUUAGAAAAUGUUGGCGAAGAACUAGAUCCAUCUUUGGAGCCUUUACUACUUAGACAAACUUUUAAACAAGGUGGCAUUGAUUGCAUCAGACUUGGUGAGGUCGUUAUUGAGUAUUCCUUUGAUUUCAAGUUUUAUAUCACCACAAAACUGAGAAAUCCACAUUAUAUGCCAGAGCUGGCUACAAAGCUGUCUUUGCUCAAUUUCAUGAUAACUCCAGAAGGACUUGAAGAUCAGUUACUAGGUAUUGUUGUUGCAAAGGAGAGACCAGAAUUAGAAGAGGAACGAAAUGCUCUUAUUCUUCAGUCUGCAGCUAAUAAGAAACAACUGAAAGAUAUAGAGAAAAAAAUUUUAGAAACUUUAUCAUCUUCAGAAGGGAACAUUUUAGAAGAUGAAAGUGCGAUUCAAGUCUUAGACUCUGCUAAAAUGAUGUCCAAUGAGAUAACAAAGAAACAGCAGAUUGCAGAAAAAACAGAACUCAAAAUAGCAGAGUCUCGAGAAGGCUAUAGACCCAUUGCUAAACAUUCAUCAGUAUUAUUCUUUAGCAUUGCAGACCUGGCUAACAUUGAUCCCAUGUACCAGUACUCUCUCACCUGGUUUGUGAACCUUUAUAUCAACUCUAUUCAUGACAGUAACAAAUCCAAAAUUUUGGAAAAGCGCCUACGAUAUUUAAAUGACCACUUCACAUACAACUUAUAUUGUAAUAUAUGCCGAUCACUCUUUGAGAAGGACAAGCUUUUGUUUUCCUUUUUAUUAUGUGCCAAUCUUCUUCUGGCAAGGAAAGAGAUUGACUACCAGGAACUGAUGUUUCUUUUAACUGGAGGAGUAAGUCUUAAGAGUGCUGAGAAAAAUCCUGAUCCAACUUGGCUACCGGAUAAAAGCUGGGAGGAAAUUUGUCAUGCAAGUGAAUUUCCUGCCUUCAAAGGACUCAGGGAGCAUUUUUGUGAAUAUAUAAAUGAAUGGCAGGAAAUCUAUGACAGUAAAGAGCCACACAAUGCUAAAUUUCCGGCACCAAUGGAUAAGAGCCUAAAUGAACUACAAAAAAUAAUAAUUCUGCGGUGCUUAAGACCUGAUAAGAUAACUCCAGCUAUAAUAAAUUAUGUAACUGACAAACUAGGGAAAAAGUUUGUAGAGCCUCCACCAUUUGAUUUGACAAAGAGUUACUUGGAUUCAAAUUGCACCAUUCCCUUAAUUUUUGUGCUAUCUCCUGGAGCAGAUCCCAUGGCCAGCCUGCUGAAAUUUGCAAAUGAUAAAGCUAUGUCUGGAAAUAAAUUUCAAGCUAUUUCACUGGGACAGGGACAAGGACCAAUUGCUGCAAAAAUGAUUAAAGCAGCAGUAGAAGAAGGAACUUGGGUUUGCCUACAGAAUUGUCACCUUGCUGUCUCCUGGAUGCCUGUACUGGAGAAAAUAUGUGAAGAUUUUACCCCUGAAGUCUGUAACUCAUCCUUUAGGCUUUGGCUCACAAGCUAUCCAUCUCCAAAAUUCCCAGUAACAAUUCUACAGAAUGGAGUAAAAAUGACUAAUGAACCUCCCACAGGACUUCGGCUAAAUCUCCUCCAAUCAUAUCUCACUGAUCCAGUUUCUGAUCUUCAAUUUUUCAAUGGAUGCCAGGGAAAGGAACUGGCAUGGGAGAAGUUGCUGUUUGGAGUUUGUUUUUUUCAUGCACUUGUGCAAGAGAGAAAGAAAUUUGGUCCUCUUGGUUGGAAUAUUCCAUAUGGAUUUAAUGAAUCAGACUUACGCAUCAGUAUUCAACAACUACAGUUAUUUAUAAAUGAAUAUGAUACAAUUCCAUUUGAAGCCAUCUCUUACCUGACUGGGGAGUGUAACUACGGAGGAAGAGUGACAGAUGAUUGGGACAGACGUCUCCUCUUAACCAUGCUGGCCGACUUUUAUAAUUCACACAUAAUUGAAAACCCUCAUUAUAAGUUUUCUCCUAGUGGAAACUAUUUUGCACCUCCCAAAGGCACCUAUGAUGAAUACAUUGAAUUCAUUAAGAAACUUCCAUUUACUCAACACCCUGAGAUAUUUGGAUUACAUGAAAAUGUUGAUAUCUCCAAAGAUCUUCAACAAACGAAAAUCCUCUUUGAGUCCUUGCUCCUCACCCAGGGAGGCUCCAAACAGACAGGAUCCUCAGGAAGUACUGACCAGAUUCUAUUAGAAAUUACCAAAGAUAUUCUCAACAAGCUACCAAAUGAUUUUGACAUUGAAACAGCACUAUUGAAGUAUCCCGUGAGAUAUGAAGAGAGCAUGAAUACUGUGUUAGUACAAGAAAUGGAAAGAUUUAACAAUUUAAUUAAAACUAUAUGUAACACUCUACGGGACCUUGAAAAAGCUAUUAAGGGUGUGGUUGUAAUGGAUUCUACAUUGGAGGCACUCUCUGGCAGUUUGCUUAUUGGAAAGGUUCCAGAAAUAUGGGCCAAACGAUCAUACCCAAGUCUUAAACCCCUAGGAAGUUACAUCACAGAUUUUCUAGCCCGGUUGAACUUUUUACAGGACUGGUAUAAUUCAGGAAAACCCUGUGUGUUCUGGCUCUCAGGUUUCUUUUUUACCCAAGCCUUUUUAACUGGAGCUAUGCAGAAUUAUGCCAGAAAAUAUACCAUUCCUAUUGAUUUACUAGGAUAUGAAUUUGAGGUUAUUCCUUUUGAUACAUCUGAGGCAGCACCAGCAGAUGGCGUUUAUAUCCACGGGUUAUACCUCGAUGGAGCGCGCUGGGACAGAGCAAGUGGAUUGCUUGCUGAACAAUACCCCAAACUGCUGUUUGACCUGAUGCCCAUCAUAUGGAUAAGGCCAACUAAAAAGUCUCAAAUUGUGAAGUCGAAUGCCUAUGUCUGUCCCCUUUACAAGACAAGUGAACGUAAAGGAACUCUUUCCACUACAGGACAUUCUACUAACUUUGUCAUUGCAAUGUUGUUAAAAACAGACCAACCCACUCAACACUGGAUCAAGCGUGGGGUUGCUUUACUUUGUCAAUUGGAUGACUAAGAUGGACAAAUUAAGAAAACAUGUGAAAGAAAUAAAAAAAUAUAUAUUGUUUUCACUUACUUCAAAAUAUACAUAUAUUAUAAAACCAAAUAUUUUGGUGUCAUUCUUUUAAAUGGUCUUUGUGCAUGGUCUUUGCAUUGUUCUCCUCUCUGACUUACCACUCCUGAUUGGAAACAGCCUCUGGAUGGACUCCUGAGAAUACAGUCAGACACCUGUGGAAGGAAAACAUGAAAAGAAAUAUUUCUUUGAAGCAUAUGAAAAAUCUUUGAAAUUUUUAUUUAGUUCCUUUUUUUUGGCUUGAUAUGUAUAUGAAAAGCAGAUUUGGGGAGACUAAUUGGAUAAAAUUUAAUAUCAGAAAUUAUCCCUUUUCACAAGUGUUGUUAAGUCAUUUCUUUAGCUUCAGUAAUAGUUUACUUUCCACUCACCUACCUGAAGUGAUUAUACACGAACAUUUCAAAUACAUAAAUAAAUAAAUUGUAAAUAAGGAAAAUAUUAAAACAGUUCCAGAACUAAACCUCUCACUUCACACUUGUAAAACAUUAGUUCUAUUCCUCACAGUACCCUUGUGACAAGGAAAGGAAACUCAGAGCAGUGAAGCUGACACACAAAAGCAGUUAAGAUGGCCGGAGGGCAAUCAUACAUACCUGAGGAGGUGUGUGCUUCUUGGCAUUUGCUUCCUUUUUAAUUGGAAAUGCCAACUGGUGUCCUCAUUAUUUUUAAUAGUUAAUAUUCUUAUUUAGUAUGCACUUAUAAUAUUAAUAUACAUUAACAAUUUCAAAACAUUUCAACAAAACAAAAUUAUAGCCAAAAUUUUAUUAUCUUGUGUGGAGUUAAUUCCUUUCUUAGGAUUCCCAGGACACUUUAGGCUGCAGCUCUGUAACCCAAAGAAAAUGUAGGUGCAGCUACCCAAUGAAUGAGGACCGUUGGGACAGUCACUUUUGAUAAUUUGGUCCGAGCAAAACGUUUGGCCUCUCUUAAGUGGAAAAUUGAUUCUGGUUUGCAGUGGCUAUGUGCAUAAGUCUCAAGAGAGUGUAUUCACUUCACAUGGCCAACCCCCUGCAAAAGCAUUUUAUUCCAGGAAUAAAAUGUUUAAUCCUUUAAAUUCAAUGAAUAUAGCAGUGAAGAAAAGAGAUCAUGUUUCCAAACAGCUAAACCACAUGUAAAAAACAAGGAGAAUGUGCCAGACUGUCUUAUGAUCAAGUAUUUAUAGUAAAGCUAUUAAUGGAAUGGUAACUACAGGGGAGUGGAGAUCCUAAAUAUAAAUGAAAAUUCUGACGUGCUAAUCUUUAGCAGUGAAAACUUCAGUGCUGUCCUAAAGGAUAUAACAAAAGGUAAAAAGUCUUUGGUAUGUGAUCAAACCUAUUCUAUGCUAAAACUGAAAUGUUCUUUUAAAAUCAUUGAGAUAUUGCCUAAUAAAAUACAUUGGUUUUUACUAUCACUAUUCUUGUUAUAUGUUGUAGUAUGAUAGUACAUUUAUUCCCAUAACAUGUUUAUUUUUUGUGUUUACUAACUAAAUAAAAUAUUAUU